GUUAUUCCAUUCCCAAGAAAAAGACAACUGCAGAAGGCUACUCCUCCGACUUCGAAAACAACCAUGGACUUGCGGAACAAAAAUCAAUCCACCGCUCAAGAAAAAAAGCAAACAGCGACGAAAAAAUCCACAGCCGCAACCCGCCCGAACACGGCAGCCGUUCCACAAUAUGACCGUAGGCGUCCGUCCGGUUUGCCGGAUGGUAGCAAAAGUCUGUCAAAAAUUCACCCACUCGGUACGAUUCCGAAAUACCUGCGAAAGGAGAAACAAAAGAGCACAUUCACAUCCUCCACGGCGGUACAGGAAACAUUCGACACACAGUCCGACAAGGCGAAUGAUACGACGGAACCGGUCGAAUCGAUAAGUGAAGCUGAGCUGGAUGCAACAUAUAAGCAGCAAACGAUCGAUCGGCUGGAACGCCAGGUUCGGGAACUACUGUCCGAGCUCGGAUACCGCGAGCAUCGUAUCAGAGAGCUCGAGCUAAGCCUGAGCAGUUUGAGGCAGAUGCUCGAACAGAUGCAGUCCAUGAUGCAAUCUCAUCUGAAAGUGCAACAACCGAUCGUGACGCGAAUUCCCAAGGCAAACAAGACACUGCUGCUGUUACAGAUGAUACUGGACAGCCAGUCAAACAGUAGGGCUGGGGAGCAAGAUCACGAACGCCGUUGCUCAUGAAUGGUUAGGAACGAGAUCGCAUCCCAUUAGUAUCUUCUUUAAUUGUACUAUUUUACAUGCAUCGCUUUGCACGGAUUUUGUAGGGCAGCAGGUUUUUGUUACAAAGAAAAUAUGAUCAAUUCA